AUGCAUUACAGUCACAUAGGACCUCUCUGUCUUGUUUUGAAGGACGCACAGUUGACAUCGAGGAUCAUUGUCGACCUUUGUGAAUUUGCUACAGUGUCAGCCAGUCUUCAGUAUGUAAUGUUGAUGUUGGCAUACUACCCUGACGUAAAGGAAAAAGUAUAUCAGGAGUUGAAGCAUAUUUACGGUGAGAUAAUUUCAGAAAAUAUUUUGUUUGCAAGUGAUGACUUAAAAGAAAUGAAAUACACAGAAAGAGUGAUUCAAGAAACUAUAAGACUGUUUCCCCCCGUAGGAUUUGUUUUACGAAGAGUAGAAGAGGAUCUUGAAGUAGGAGGAUACAUAUUGCCGAAAGGUUGCACGGCUUUCCUCGCUACAGCAAGGGUUCAUCGGGAUGAAAAAUACUGGCCUGAUCCACUCAAAUUUGAUCCUGAUAGAUUUCUUCAUGAAGAAGUCGCGAAGCGCGAUGCAUACUGUUUUUUGCCCUUUAGUGGAGGACCAAGAAACUGUUUAGGUCAUCUAUAUGGCAUGGUGGAGAUGAAGACACUUGUAGCCAGAAUACUUCUUAAAUACGUUUUGAAAAAGAAACACUUCCAACCAAUCGAAAACAUUAGGCAAAGAAUGGAAAUCAUAUCCCAUCCAGUUGAACCAAUUAAAAUAGAAAUUGUAAGAAGAUUACCAAAGACAUAG